AUGUCUCCUUAUAGGCUUGUAUAUGGAAAACUUUAUCAUUUGCCUGUUGAAAUCGAGCAUAAAGCCUAUUGGGCAAUCAAACAACUCAAUUUUAAUUCUAACCAAGCUGGUGAUUUGAGAAAAUUGCAGCUAGAGGAGCUUAGAAUGGAUGCUUAUGACAACUUAGACAACCCUAAGUUAUCUAAAGAACGCAUGAAAGCUUGGCACGAUAAGAAUAUUUACAGGAAGACUUUUGAGCCUAAUCAAUUUGUUUUUUUAUAUAACUCUAAGUUUCAUUUGUUUCCGAGAAAACUGCGGUCAAGAUGGAGUGGUCCAUAUGUGGUGAAAGCUGUUUUUUCUCAUGGAGCCAUUGAAAUAGUCAAUCCUCAAAAUGGAAAUACCUUCAAAGUAAAUGGUCAUCGGCUUAAACCUUUCAUUAUUCAAUUUUCACCUGAGGACUCCACUCUUCCCUUGCAAGAUCAACCCACUUGGUCUGCUGCAUAG